ACGAAACCCUCUUUUCCACAAUGGCGUCGACGAAGAGAUGUCAGGUUUCUGCUUUUGGUUGCAAAAGACACGGGUCCAAAACCCGCUGCUCACCUAAUUUUCUUCCGGAGUACGGAAAAAGAAAAACGGUGGGUGGGCCAAGAAACGAUGCACUGUCUAUCGAACUCGAAACUUCUGGCAAUGCGUGGCGGAAGUGGUGUACCCGCACACACGCACAGAAGAUUGUUGGAAAAAAGGUGGUUCUACUCGCCGCCAGCCGGUCGGGUUCCGGUUACCCCAAGAAGACUUCUCUUGCCUAGCAAACAAGAAGAAGCCUCGAAAAAGGGGGGGGGAAUGUGGAGAACACCUUCAUAAAGGUUGAAACUCCCCAAACGUCUGUCGAGGACGAAACCCUCUUUUCCACACUGCCCCUUUUUACAACGAAAUCCUCAUCAGCCAAAAAAAGGCUUACCUUGAAGCCCCAACCUACGUCGUUGUACCCCUCCUCAACGCGGUCAACAGCUUGUUUGUGUUUGUGUUGCGAGCAGCUGCGACAGAGGCGGAAGAGAGAAGGUUGACUCCGGUACCCAAGCUNAGAAGGUUGACUCCGGUACAAGAAUAUUUUCUAGGUAACCUUGAAAGCCCUGGUAGCGUCCACCCUACCGCUCAUCAACCCGCCCCACGUGUUCGCGGGCAGCUUUGCCAGAUGCGAGGUGAAAGUUGACUCAAACAUCGUCUGUCUCACAACGGCCUUCAUUCGAUUGAUCGAGUGCAAGAGGUGUACUCAGCGCCAAAAGAGACACACAGGGAGAGCACAAAUGUACCUCUUCUGGCCAUGGUGUACCAUUACGUAUCCCGCCGAACCGUACCUACUAUUCACGUCUUCGAGAACGUUAAAUGUACCUAUACACAGAUCCUACCUACCACCUGUCGUGUAGUCUAGCCCUGGAAAAAUGGUAGUUCCUACACGAGGGAACCCAACAAUAUCCUCAAUCCUUGGUCGCGGCUUCUACUCCGACACCAAGCUGGGUCCAACCCUUCACCAAGCUGCCCCCGGCUGCUUCCUGUCAACGACGGCGGCAUCAUAAUCGUCGGCCCCCAACCAACGGGCGAUAGAGGAGCGGUAGCUGCUCACUGCCGUUGCCCGGACCGUUGGCACAAAAUUCACCAGACAAACUGUCAAGUAAAGCCAGCCCCUGCCUGGGGUUCAAAGCCAUUUAAAAUAUAUCCUCACGAGCACCAACCGAAGGAAAUCAACUCCAUUAUCCACCACCAGUCAGUACAAAAGCACCUAGUCAUGGCAAAGCCUAGCACCCCGGACAAGGGGGUUACUUCUCACCAACAACAAAAAAUGAAGCCAAAAAACAAACAUGGAAAAUGAUGAAAACACAAGACCGUAGUGUGCUUGGACCGGCGGUUUCACCAUGGAACAGAGAGAAGGAGGCGGUCUAUUUCCACCAACUACCAACUAUGUCUUGCAACCAACACAACCACCAGAGGUGUUUACGCCGCAAACAAAUAAUACCAAACCCGGGCGCAUGCAAGGAAAGCGAGGAAUCCAUAAUAUACACGUUGUGGCACAAGCGGUUUUUCAUUGGCCCAACAACAAACAAUCGUACUUCCUCGAACCCGCCCGAAGUGUUUCAUGUCUCGACCAAUCGCUGAAAGCAACUGCGUGCCACCGUUGGUAUUGUGAUAUUUUUGUUUUCGACCCAUCACAGAUAAAGGCUAGAUCCAAAGAUCUCCGCGGACAAUUUUUCACCAAUUUGUUCCCAUGACGUUACCCACUGGGGGCGCCCGAUCGAGAUCUCCCAAGCGACGUUAUCCUCUCCCAAAAAAACCGUCCGCGUGAAAAAAAUCAGUCGCCAUUCAAGGAUCGCUGGUCGUUGUAUGUUACGCUAUGUUAUUUUCUGUUAUGAAGUGUUAAGUAAUGUUUGUCUUACCGAUGACCAAUCAACAAACCAAGACAAAUUAUCCCGUCGCCAAACACUCGCAUUCUGCAAACGAGGGUCGGUGGGAUAUUACUGCAGUCCAUAGAUGCAUGCGCGUUUGUAACAACGGCAUCGUCAUGCACAAAUCGGUACCAAGCCCGCAACAAGGAUGGAUGUGGGGCCGUCGCCCGUCAUCGCAGAUACAGCACAGCCCAAGAGAGGGUUUCAUACCACAACAGAGAAGAGUCUCCGUAUGAUCCCCACAUUCGACUGCAUGCGUGCCUCUACUCCUGGGUAUUGCGUCCCCGGGGCCAGCUCAUCACAUGGCACACGUUAGCUCAAGACCAUGCAACAAACACGAAUGAAUAUGCCGAAUGAAUGUCGCAACCGCAUACAGUAUCCCGCAAGGGGGUCCAAAAACAAAUCAGUCAGCCACAACAUACAGGACAGGCAAAAACCACUGCGACGCGCACCCAUCACACACAGCUCGAAAAAACAAAGACCCCGGAAAAAAUGGUACCAGAUAUCACCACCGAGUACACGCAAAAAACAAAAAGUGAUGCUUCCGUUAGCUCGGCUACAGCGCGAGUUCUCACGAACCGUCUCACAAACAACGUCUACUCCGGCUGUUGUUAAUUUUUAGUGGCAACCACUUCGUAGUGUCAACUUUCGGUUGCAGUCGCGGUGCCCCCGUCCCCUCGCUCACCGUCGCAGCUAAAGUCGGCGGGGGCGACGGCGGGAAACCGUCGAGUAUCGCGGCGGCGGUAGCGGUAGUGGAAGUGCGGGCGGCGGCCUUCCCAGGGUGCGAGCGCCACACGGCGGAUACGCCCUCGCUGGAGCUGGCGGCCAGCGCCGGCCGCCUCGCGGGGGGCGGGGAAUCCACGCACCCGCCGGACAAGCUAUGCAGCCGCUCGAGCUUGCUGGCCGUCGUGUCUAUUUCGUCCUCCGUGCGCAGCGCCGCUCUUCCCCUGCCGUACACGACGGAAGCGGGGACAUUCGAAGACUC